CCUCCAUCUUUCCCCUCUCUCUCUCUCUCUGCUUCCCUCCUCUCCCCCGCCUCCCUCUUCUCUCUCUACUCUAUACAUUAGGACACGGUUUUGAUGCUCUGGGCUCUGGGCUCUGGGCUCGACAGAGGGAUUGAAGGCUCUGGGCUCGGCAAGUUCUCGAGAGGCUAGGCUGUAGGCAACGAGAGGCCAUAGGCUCUAGCUUCCACCAUCAAUAUUCACCUGUCCCUCCACUGACUCCUCUCACUCUCUCUUCUCCCCACUGUCUAUACUCACCUGUCCCUCCACCGACUCCUCGCUCUCUUCUCGUCAAACCACACCAACUCCUCACUCUUUGUUCUUGUCAAUCACACCUCUUUCUCUCUUUUCUCCUUCUCCUGUGCGUUUUGCACCGAUCUCACUCUCUCUUCUCCGGUUUGGUUUGUCUGUAAGGCAUUUUUCGUUCCAAGGUUUCGCCUAUUUUUUAGGGAAAAUCCCCGAUAAUUACCUAGCCGUCAAUUUAUUACCAGAACUUUAAAAUGCGAAAAUCUAAUAUUCUGGAUUUUCAUUUUGCGACAAUAUAGUACCUGGCGUUCACCACCGCUAUUCAUCGUCUCCUUCGUUGAACACCGCAAUUCCGUUCCUAAUUUUUGACGGCAACCGUCGGAGUUGCGUUCCUGUAGGAGGUAAGAUUGAAUGUGGCGGGGCAACUCAGCAAGUAAUCUGAUGGAGCUGAAUGCCACAUAAAUAGAGAAUGGCGUCGCAUGUGGAGUUGGGUUGUGGAAUGUUUAUGUUACGACUCUGCAGCGAGCUCUAAAGUGAGUUGACGCACUUCUAGGAGUCGUCUGGUACCAUCAGACUGUUUGACGACAUGCCCACAGCUGACGCUACGUGUAGUGCUUACCUAGCAUGCGCAGCGAAGAACCAGGUGGUGAGCACCGAACAACAGCGGCUAACGUCGAGGUUGCGCCCGCAUGCCUCAUUGACGACGGGAUCCCCUGCUUCCAGUUUGUCGGGGUCGCCACCUUAUGCUUCGCUGCCUUCUGUAGGGAGUCCACCACCCUCACUAUCUCUUCCAUGUUACACCCAGUGCUGGCUGGGUAUAGGAAGCUCAGCUUUACUUUCUUAUCUCCGCCCGCGAAGUGCAUCGCUUGGGAUGGCACAAAGUUUUCUGUGGAUUUGUGGGGUGUUUGAUGGGCAUGGAAAGAAUGGCCACAUAAUAAGCAAACUAGUCAGAAAUCGGCUGCCAUUGCUCGUACUAGAUCGGAAGAAUGCUCUCUCAGUGCUGAAAAUGCCUGGACUGACGAUCGGUGACACUGUUCCAAACCUGGAAGCCGAAACCACAAAAGGAAAAUUCAAGCUUCACGACUACAUAGGAGAUAGCUGGGCCAUUAUCUUAUCUCGCCUAGAGGACUUCACUCCGGUAUGCAUGACGGAGUUGGGUAAGAUGGCAGCCUACGAAGAGGAAUUUAGCAAGCGAAGAGUGAAGCUACUGGGCCUCUCUUGCGAUGACAUUCAGUUCCACAACGACCGGAUCAAGGACAUCGAAGCCUACACUGGGUUGGGAUAUUGCUGCUACGACACCGACUGUUGAAGAUGGUGAUGAUGCUUGAACAUUUGUGGUGUUUUCCAGCGUCCUAUUGUUUUUUUAUUUUUUUACUUUUCCCUCCUUUUUUAUGUAUUCUUUCUUUUUCUUUUUUGCUUGUACUAAUUCCUAAUUUUUCGUUUUCCUUGGAGGGUUCGGCGAUGGCGACCAGUGGCUCCAGUGGCGGUUUCUUCUUCUCUAUUUUGGGUGUUGGUUGUAGUCGGGCAGAGGUUUUCAAAGGUCUGAUGGUUUGCGAUGUGGAUGAUGGCAGGUCUCUAGCCUUCUUUGGGAGUUGGGUGUCAGUGCGGUGGCGCAUCUUUGGCCUUCUUUGGAGUUUGGUGGUAGUGGGGUGGCGGCAGGCAGUGGCUCUAGUGGUGGUUUCUUCUUCUCUAUUUUGGGUGUUGGGCUAUAGUCGGGCAGAGGUUGUCGGAGGUCUAGUGGUUUGUAGUGUCGGUGAUGGUGGGUCUCUGACCUUCUUUUGAGGUUGGAUGUCGGUGCGAUGGCGCGUGCCUGGCCUUCUUUGGAGUUCGAUGGCGUUGGGGUGGCGCUUUAUGGUUUCAUCCGGACAUCACAUGCAGGUUGGACAAUUACUGAUAUGGGUCAACCCAGGGCAGGCUGUAGCCGACCCGAUGUCACCGUUUCAGGUCUGGGACUGCGCCAGGGAACCAGACCUAUGUUCGAAUCCGGCAUUGACAAUUGACAUGGACCAUCCGUGCUCUUGACUCAUCCAAUCUGUUAUCCAGAACCGAAUCGGUUCCCCAUUCGGUCACACAUAAUCGGGUCUGGAUCCGAACCUGAUCCUGCCUGGGUUCAACCUUAUGUACAUAGCUGUUUGAAACGAGCUCUUUUGGGUUGCACGCAUGUCCAGGUGAUCUGCAUGUAGUAAAUGUUUGCCAUUAAUGUUAUUCCUAAUUUAGU